AGUCGGACGGCCCCGGUGGCACCUUCGUACCAUUGCAGGCCUCUAGCUACACCCGUGGUACCCGACCGAGAUAAAAAUAGAUUGACAAGCGACUUCACACCAAAGGGCCCAAAAAAUGGACAUGUCCCCGAGUUUCGCCGCGUACCAGUGGAACGCGAACCCGAUGGCCAACAGGACCGUCGUGGACAGCGUACCGCCUGAGAUGCUACACCUGGUCGACGCGCACUGGUACCAGUUCCCGCCGAUGAACCCUCUAUGGCACGGGAUCCUCGGUUUCGUGAUCGGGGUUCUCGGCGUCAUCUCCAUCGUCGGCAACGGCAUGGUCAUUUACAUCUUCUCCUCUACCAAGACCUUGAGGACGCCCUCGAAUCUGCUGGUAGUCAACCUGGCCUUCUCAGAUUUCCUCAUGAUGACCACGAUGUCACCUCCAAUGGUCAUCUGCUGCUACUAUGAGACCUGGGUCUUGGGCCCGCUGCUGUGCGAGCUGUACGGUAUGUGCGGCUCUCUCUUCGGCUGCGCGUCCAUCUGGACCAUGACGAUGAUCGCUCUCGACCGCUACAACGUCAUCGUCAAGGGUAUAGCAGCCAAACCGAUGACGACCAAGACCGCUCUGUUCAGGAUAAUCUUCGUAUGGGCCUUCUCCCUCAUGUGGACAUCCUUCCCCUUGUUCGGUUGGAACAGGUAUGUCCCUGAAGGAAACAUGACAGCCUGCGGGACGGACUACCUCACCAAGGAAUGGUUCAGCAGAAGUUACAUCCUCAUUUACGCUUGCUUCGUCUAUUUCAUCCCUCUCCUUACCAUCAUAUACUCGUACUUCUUCAUUGUCCAGGCUGUUUCGGCUCACGAGAAACAGAUGCGUGAACAGGCUAAGAAGAUGAACGUGGCUUCGCUCAGGUCGUCAGACGCCAACAACACUUCCGCGGAAGCCAAACUGGCCAAAGUCGCUCUUAUGACAAUUUCGCUCUGGUUCUUCGCCUGGACACCUUACCUAGUCAUCAAUUUCUCGGGUGUUUUUGAGACGGUCACGAUCAGCCCUCUUUUCACUAUCUGGGGCUCCCUGUUCGCCAAGGCUAACGCAGUAUACAAUCCGAUCGUCUAUGCCAUCAGCCACCCGAAGUACAAAUUAGCCCUCCAGAAGAAGUUCCCGAGCUUGUCUUGCGCCGAAGCAAGAGACGACACCACGUCGGUCGCAAGCGGCGUGACGACGGUCACCGAAGAAAAGGCUCCGACAGCGUAAGUCUGCUGGGGUGGAAGCAGCAGCAGCAGCAACGCUCCGCUUCUGGUCUAGCACCAUCGCGGAGCACUACAAAAGACAGACCAGAUCGCUUCUAACAACCUCGGACUGAACACGGUUUUGUUUUUGUAUCAAGCUCUGUAUAGAAACAAAAAAAAAACUAGAAUAGACGUCAAUUGCUUGGGAGGUGGUUCUAAGUUUUAUUUUGUAUGUGAUAAUAAAGCCUCCUUACACUGUUGA